AUGGACCCCCAACUCCCCUCCCCACCCCAACGUCUCUACCUCGCCUCCCUCCCCAACGAGAUCCUCGACCGCAUCUUCUCCCUCCUCCCCGUCCCCACCGCCCGCCUCUGCCGUCUCAUCUCGCACCGCUUCCUCCCCAGCGCCACGCGCGCCUCCUUCCCCGUCCUCGUCGUCUCCCCCCUCCUCAGCGACGGCGACCACCUCCAACGCCUCGCCAACUCGCCCGACAUCGCGCCCUGUUUGCGUUCAAUCUACUACGUAACCGACACACUCGCCGAGCCGCGAUGGCGGCAGUUCACCUGGAACACAACCGAUCACCCUCGGAAUUGGCUGCCGCACUACGUCAACCACCCGGAAGGAUCAGGGCGGAUCGAUCUCCACUCUCCGGAGUGGUACCGGUACCGCUACCCGCCGCUGAUCAGCCACCACCGGCGGUCUGCCGAGCAAAUCGCCCUCGACCGUGAGCGGUACGAGGAGAUCCUGCUAGACCAGGCCAAGUUCUUGGCUGUUGACCACUCGCCCAACCGUGACUACGACGGGAUCGUCAUGUGUCUGGAACAGUUCCCCGCGCUGGAGAGCAUCACCCUGGCCGCAUGUCGGGAGAUGAGCCUGGCUGCGCCGCUGAACUCGGUAGCGCUGCACAGCGAUAGGAACCCCUUCCGGUUCCGAACGGAGGAGAGGGUUUUGCGUUCUCUGGUCCGGUACCUCGAGAUGCAAUCGGUGAUGGGAAAGACGGCGCGGUUGAAGACGCUGCGAAUCAAGAACCUGUCUUGGUGCGUGCUGGACGACGACCCAGCAGGUCUUUUCUUCACGCCGACUGUUGAAGACGCGCUGGCGAACCUGACUACGCUGGAGAUCCAGAUCCGCCAUGGGAAUCCGAUUCACGUUGCGGCGAGCGAGUGUAUUCCUCCCAAGUCCCAGAGGAGACUCAGCGACAUCAUGUCGUCAGGGCGGGUUCGCUCGUUCCUGAAGUCGCUGACGAACUUGCGACACUUGACGUUUGAAAGGGAUAGGGUGUGGUACCGCGACGACGAAAUGAUUCCAGACGAUGGCUGGUAUAAGUGGUCACUGGGGGACAUUAUCGAUCCGGAAUUCCGGUGGCCACACUUGCAGUCGUUGUCGCUGUCACAUUUCCACGACUGUGAGAGAGAGGAUGUCGAACGAAUCAUGGACAACCAUGCCGAUACGCUUUGGAAGGUGUCGCUGGGAGACGCUAAUCUCAGGACAACGUCGUGGGUGAAUCUGGUGGAUUACUUUUACCAGGAGAAUCAGAAGCGGAUUGCUGGAUAUAGUGACAAGCCCCUGUACCAUCUGGAGCUAUGGGGCUGCCUCAGAGGUACCAGAGAAAAGAGCAUCACAGGGAACCAGCGGCCCGACGCUCCAGAUCACACGGGAGAGGGAGAAAGGUGGGUUUUCUGGCGUGGGGAGACGCAUAGCUGGGAACUAGCGAGGUACGUGUAUGGGAUUGCGUUCCAGGUGUCCAACUACGCACGGGAACAUAGGGCGCUCUAUGCUCGUAUACUCGUCGGUGAGCGCGAGGAGGGACUCGGAGGGCUAUGAGGUUGACUACCAGCCAAGAGUGGAAAGAAUUCGGCCCAGAAGGGAAUCAUAGGAGUUUUGACAUAACCGAAGGAAUUGAGGAAAUAAGUCGUGGAGGUAGUUGACAAGUAAAGACUUCGAGGCUUGGCAAGUGAGGGAUUGCCGCAGCGGUAGGCUUCGUGACGAGGUAGCCUAGGUAUUGAGUUAGUAGAAUUGCCAUCAGUUGCCAUGGGCGUAGAACAUCGUUGCUCUCAGACACAUGGAUGUGAAGUCUGGUGAUUUUGCUCCGGUGCCGAAGGGGUGCGGGAGAUGAUCGAUGAUCCGGCUGAGACUCCGUGGCGGAAAGGGUUGUGCUGGCCGCGUCUAUUGGAAAGAUAGAAUCAGCUUUGUGCUUUCUAGAUCAUGCACUUCUGUGGUCACGAUUUGGCUGAUAGAUAGACUGCG